UGCUGUAACUUAAUGUCUUUGUAAUAUUAACUGUUUUGUUCUCGUAGAUACGGUUCUGUGAAUUUUAUCGUAGAUUAAAUGGUGAAACCAGUACUAAUAACAGUAAUAAUUUAUAUUUUCUCUAUGUGAACGUGAGUGACAGAUUUUAUAUAAAAAUGACUGUGCCUUUUCGUAGAUUACUGGUGCACUGGAGGUCCUUGGUAAUAGUUCUUGUUCCUUUGGCCCUCUCGCCACUCAUUGUAUUAGGAAGUAAGGAGGCAAAAUGUGGAUAUGUAGUCAUGCUGAUGUCAGUAUAUUGGAUGACAGAGGCAGUUCCCCUUGCUGUGACAUCAUUUGUUCCAGUGAUUUUGUUUCCACUUUUGGAUAUUCUAGACACCGAAAAAGUAUGCAAUGCAUACCUCAAAGAAACCAACAUGAUGUUCAUAGGUGGCCUCAUUGCAGCAAUAGCAGUGGAACAUUGCAACCUACAUAAGCGCAUUGCUCUCAAGGUGAUCCUCACCAUUGGAACAAGUCCUGUGCGAUUGUUGCUAGGAUUCAUGGUUACCACAAUGACCUUGUCCAUGUGGAUUUCCAACACUGCUACCACUGCAAUGAUGACCCCCAUUGUCAAGGCCGUUCUGGAUGAACUGAAACAAAAUAAAGAUGUGGAGAACAGACAUCGAACAUCAUCAAUAAACACUGCUGAUUCUGAACACGCUAGUGGUGCAUUUGAUCCUGAGACGCGUCGGAAAUCUGUGUACCAGUGUGACUAUGAGCAGGAUGAUCGUCCAGAGAAAUCUGACAUUUGCUACUACCUGGGUGUGGCAUAUGCAUCAAACCUGGGUGGAGCUGGCACACUGACUGGAACAGGAACCAAUCUCACCUUCAAGGGAAUAUGGGACACAACAUUUCCAGUAGCUGGUGGAGUGAACUUCGCAAGUUGGUUUAUUUUUGGUGCACCACUGAUGUUAAUAAAUAUGCUGGCUGCUUGGAUCUGGCUUCAGAUUCUGUUCAUGAGUUUGUUCAGAAAAAAGAAAGAAGACAAAAAGAAAACAAGUGAAGAACAAGCCAAAAUAGUAAGAGAGGUCAUUAGUGUAAAAUACAAAGCGUUAGGACCAAUGACUUUCCAUGAAGGCUCAGUCCUAAUACUCUUCAUUAUUGCUGUGUUUCUUUGGUUCUUCAGGAAACCAGAGUUUAUAUCAGGAUGGGCUCAAAUUGUUGCUUCGGUUGAAAUUGAUGAUGCUACCCCAGUCAUGCUAAUUGUAUUCCUGUUGUUCGUGCUACCAGCAAACCUAGACUUCCUGCAGUUCAAUUCUAGUGAGAGACGACCAGCAAAAGCUGCACCAGCGCUGCUCACAUGGAAGGUUGUUCAUGAGAAGGUGCCCUGGGGUCUUGUCUGUCUACUUGGUGGAGGUUUUGCAAUGGCAGCUGCUAGCAAUGAAUCAGGUCUGUCAACUUACCUGGGUAAAGAACUGGUCUACCUUCAAGUGCUGCCUCCAUUCUUAAUACUCAUCAUUGUUGCAACAGCAACUACUUUCCUUACUGAAGUGUCAUCCAAUACAGCAGUUGCUAAUAUCAUCUUACCAGUGUUGGCCCAGAUGGCUGUGGCAAUGAAAAUCCACCCUCUGUAUUUCAUGAUCCCAGCGACUCUGUGUUGUUCUUAUGCCUUCAUGUUACCUGUGGCAACUCCUCCUAAUGCUAUUGUUCUUGCAGCAUCCAAUAUGAAGACAACAGACAUGAUGAAAGCCGGCAUUGGAAUGAAUGUAAUCUGCAUCGUCAUUCUGUGUAUUGUCUUCCUCACUUAUGGCUCAUAUGUAUACGACUUAGACAAAUAUGAAGAGCAUCAUUUUGUGAAUAAUGUGACACUUUUAGCCUGUAAAGAACAAUAAUUAAGUUAUUAAGUUCACUUGUAUUAUCACUGAUUUUAAGCUGUAUUUUUAGAAACACUUGUAGUAUUAUGUUGUGGAGUCUUGCAUCUUAUUAUAUAACACCUUAUGCAUGUCCAUCACCCUGAUCCUUAAGUACUGUGGACACACUCUCAUUAUCCAUCAAAACUAUCCAGGCCUGCUGCUUAAUAUUCAUCCUGACAUCCUUCUUACAAGGGUAAUAUGAUUCACAAACCACCACUUUUUUCCUCUGCCUGAGAACCAUACCAUGAAGAUGCACUGUGAUGUGGAGGUAAUACUUCACAUGUAUUAUACUUAACUUGUGCACCACAUGAAGGUGAAUGAGUGGCUUCAGUCCUCCAGCGGCUUUACCCCUGAUAUUCCUUAGAGGUUCAAGUCAUUUUAGAUAUGGUGAUACAGGUUAAAAUUGCAGUAUUCCUACUGGAAAUCAAACCCAAGCCAUCCAACAUGUAAACAAAUAACUUUACUGACUUCAUUAUUGUAGCUCUCACAUUUCUAGGCAGAGAUAUGAUUUCCAUACAGAAUACUCUUAUGGAUAUGUAAUUUGCUAAAAAGUUUUGAAUUUUUGGAUUGUCUUCUAUCAGACAGCAAGAUACUGGUAUACAGAAAUUAUUUCAGUGCCAUUUUAUUUAUGCAGGUUGCUAAAAUUGGCAUAUGUAUAGUAUUUAUUGACAUUCAUGUUUUCUUUAUACUUACUGCAUUACUAUAAUAAGAGGGUAACAGAAGUUUAUAGUCUUUUCUUGAAACAAGUGCACCACUAACCACUGUAGUGCAGUAUUUUGCAUGUUUCAUAUUUUGUGUGGUAUCAUUUGGAAUAACUGAAAGUUAUGAUACACUGUCCUGUCAGCAAAUGUGUAAGCAAGCAUGUUUUGUCAAGAAUGAAAUGGACAUGCUGUGGAAUCUAAUGGAAGAGGAAUAUGUCAGCAUGUUGUACCUACAGACCCACUAUUUGGAAGUGUUUACAACAGUAACACACCACAGAAUUCAGUGAUGUAGACAUACUCGUAGUAACUAGCAACUCAUGGCAUCAAGUCUUUGAUGCAAAUUUGUGAUAUCAUGGUAUUCUAUAUAGAAUAGGACACAGUACAAAGAAAAUACAAACUCAUAUGAUUUAUUUUUGUGCUGGUAUCUAUAGAAUCUACACUACAAUGUACAAACACAUAAAAUAAUUAUUUCUCAAUAUUCUGUCACAAAAAUAUGUUUACUGUCGAAGUGCACCUCAUUAAUAGUAUAGUGGAGAAUCUGCCUAUAACACCCAUUUCUACUGAAGCAAGAAAGAUUGAUCAAAAAGCUACACAACUCAGGCUAUUAACCAAUUUUUCCACAGGAAAGGUAUUUACAUAAAGCUAUGCUUGUGGUAACACUGGAACUUUAAAACACAUACAUCAGGUACAUAUCCUUCAGCCAUCCAUAGGAUGCAUCUGGAGUGUACUAGCUGGUAAGGUGAAUAGUAACAUUUCCAAAAUUUUGACUAUUCAAUUAGUGCUGGAAAAAUACUUUAGCAGAAGGCUGACAGUUACUAACAGCGAAAUGGGCAAAGUGCAUCAUGUUCUGCUCCAAACUAUAAUCAUGGCAGAAGUGAAUCUAAUUAUAAAUCUGGCUGUCUUGAUAAUUACAGAAUACCAUACAAUUUCUAGGUGCAAGACAAACGUGUUAUAUUGCCAACUGGUCCACUAUACAAUAUGAAAUUAACAUAAACUAAUAAUUUUAAAUUAAGAAUUCAAAUACAAAUUAGGUGAAAAGAGAGUAUUUCUAUGAUUAGGAAGCAUUAGACUCGAGGUUCCCAACAAUUAUGCCACCAUUAGAAACUGAACAGUAACAAAGUGAAGUUCCUUCAAUAUGAAAAUGGCAUUCACCAAUUCAAAUACAAAACUAAUACAGCACAACUACUCUAAUGUGUUAUGUUUUUUUAAUCCCAGUAACCAGGACACACUCUAAUAGCAGAUUUUUCUUUAGCAGUUAAUAUCCAAGAAAUUCCCUUCACUGUGCACCCACAAAGUAUGUGACCUAAUAAUUACUGGACUGCCCCCCCACUCCAGUAACUGCAUUUACCUUCUAUUUCAUGCUGUCCUGUACAAAGUAAUAUCUUCCAGCAAAGAGAAGGUGAGGCAAGUGAUGGAUACAAAUGCUUGCCUUGACCACUCUUUUUAUCAUUCAUGUAAGAGCAUAGUGAGCUGCAAAGGUAUAAACAGAAAUGGUAAGAGGCAACAGAAAAUUAUGCCAUUGUUUUCAACUUGCACUGUUCAUGCUGGUGGGCACUCAUAAUUGCCUUGCCUUCCCUUUGUUAGUGGGUAGUAAUUUCCUUGAAACUAGAUGAAGAAAGUCUAGUGACUGUGCCACUGUUGUAAGCAUUUGCUGAAGUCCUAAGUUUAAAACUGGCCAAGUGCAGCCUGCAGAUUUUAUUCAAUUGAGAUAUAUCUCCUUGUCCUCAGUAUCAAUUUCAGUGGGGGGAGGGAGUUAUCUAGUAAGCUGUGGGUCUCUGAAGGUCCCACAACAGUAGUCAAAUCACUAUGAAAUGCCUGUUUUCAUGAGCAAGUUCCCUGGUUUGUAAAAUAUUUUCAUCCAUUUUCUUCGUGGAUGGGUGGACAUCCCAAUUGCUCAGCAUUGUUAGCUGAUAUUAUUCAACUUCUGAACUUUGAAAAUCCAUCAAAUGUUUUUCUACUUAUGGUUUCCUCUCCAAAAGCAAGUUUUAACAUGUAGGUUUCUUUGGCAGUUUUGCCUAGUCUGAAACAAAACUUUGGAUAAAAUGCAAAUCCCAACAGGCACAAUACACAACCUCACUUCACACGGUGAAUGGAAAAUGGCAGCACGAUCUACUCUUCCUCCACCUAGCAGAGCUCUGUCCCAGCAACAGUCGUAAAACUGCAAACAAUCCAGGAACCAACUGCUUAUACCAUGCACAUCACUAACAAAACAAAUGUACCCAGAGUCAAUUCACAUCUUCAAAACCUAUUUCACUAAUAUAUAUUUUUAUAUUGCCUUCCCAUCUGUGUCUUGGUCUCCUUCCACACAGUAAGAAUUCUUGUUCCUAAGUUAUCCAGUUAAAUAGUGUUUCAAUUUCAGAGGCUAGUAGCAUCAAAUGACCUA